GGAACCGGACUGUCUCGCGCUCAUGGCUCGCGCUUCGUCUUCAAAAUGAUAUACAUUUUAGGAAGUGGUUUCAGCAAAAAGGAACAAAAACGCGUUGUCAGCGAAAGUCCUGAAAAUCACAGCUAAACCAUGGACAAAUAAAGAAGAGGACACCUCUUUAAGUUCCCCUUCCUCUCUUUUGACUCCUAAGUGAUGGAGCGUCCUCUGCUGGGCCGAGGGUCCGCCCUGUGCUGCUCCUACAGCUCUCUGAAGGCCUGGCUGCCCCUCCUCUCCUGGGCGCCCCGGUACCGGCUGAAGUGGCUCCAGAUGGACCUUCUGGCAGGCCUCACUGUGGGGCUGACCACCGUCCCUCAGGCGCUGGCCUACGCUGAAGUAGCCGGCCUUCCCGUGCAGUACGGACUCUACUCUGCCUUCAUGGGGGGGUUCGUCUACACCCUCCUGGGGACCUCUAAGGACGUGACACUGGGUCCCACAGCCAUCAUGUCCCUCCUGUGUUUCUCUGUGGUGGGGGGGCAGCCUCACCGCGCCGUGCUGCUCAGCCUCCUCUGUGGACUCAUCCAGGCUGGAAUGGCUUUACUGAGAUUGGGUUUCCUGCUGGACUUCAUCUCCUACCCUGUAAUAAAAGGCUUCACUUGUGCUGCUGCGGUAACCAUUGGCUUUGGCCAAGUCAAGGGACUGGUCAGAACUAAACAGGCUUUGCUGGGUGCACAUAUCUUUAUCUUUGUGAUUGAUAUUGUAUACAUUCUACAUUGUGCCUGCUUUAUGUAUUACUUUUCUAAACUUUUACUCUAUUUAUUCGUGUCUUCUCUGUCCUGGUCAGUGCGUAACGUUUUCGUGGUGGUAGCAGCAUCCUGCGUAGCCUUUUCCUGGAACGCUUUCGGCCAUCCCGUGUUUACAGUCACAGGGGAAACUUCUAAGGGUCUCCCACCGUUCAAGCCCCCGCCCACCUCAGACACCACAGCCAACGGCACCGUCGUCACCUUUGGAGAGAUUGUAGAGGACUUCGGUGGGGGGCUGGCAGUGAUCCCCUUCAUGGGUCUAUUGGAGAGCAUUGCUAUUGCUAAAGCAUUUGCCAGUCAGAACGACUACAGAAUUGAUGCCAACCAGGAGCUGCUGGCUAUUGGUGUGACCAACAUCAUGGGCUCCUUUGUGUCCGCGUACCCCGUCACGGGAAGCUUCGGGAGAACAGCAGUGAACUCUCAGACUGGUGUUUGCACUCCAGCUGGAGGAAUCGUCACCAGUGUGAUAGUGUUGCUCUCCCUGGCGUUCCUCAUGCCAGCCUUCUACUAUAUCCCCAAAGCUGCUCUCGCUGCUGUUAUCAUCUGUGCGGUCGCUCCCAUGGUGGAUUAUCAAGUCGUGGCUAAGAUGUGGAGGAUACGCAAGCUGGACCUGGUGCCUUUCAUUGUGACGUUCCUGAUGAGUUUCUGGGAGGUGCAGUACGGCAUCGUGGGAGGUGUAGCUGUAUCAGGAGUCCUGCUGCUGUACCACACCGCCAGACCACAGAUAAAGGUGUCUGAUCCCGGUAUGCUGGUGAUGGAGUUGGGCAGUGGGCUCAGCUUUCCUGCCACAGAGUAUCUAAGCCACCUCAUACACACUCAGGCUCUGCAGGCGUCUCCCCCACGGUCAGUGGUCCUGGAUUGCCACCAUGUCAGCGUUAUAGACUACACAGUGGUCAGCGAGCUCAGGGACCUACUGCGACAGUUCAAACUACGAGAAGUUCAGCUGGUCUUUUCCAGAUUGCAGCCCUCGGUCCUGGAGGUUCUCCUGGCAGCUGACCUGCAGGACUUCAGGCACACAGACAGUGUGGAGGCGGCGCUGCAGAUUGAGACAGAGAGCCUCCUCGAUGAAUGACACAAAAACAAAUUCUAAUCAGAGACUGGAGAGGACGGAAGAAACGUAGCAACACUGAUCAGUGACGUUUCUGAUGUGGGAUUAACAGGUUUUUAUUAAGUUUAUAAGGUGAUGACCUACCUCCAACAACUGAUAACCUGGCUGCUGGUUGUACAGCCUGACUUUGGAAAUCAAUAUGGGAUUUGGAGAUUACAGCACUACAACAUUGCACAUCAACAUUGGACCAAAAGUCUAAUUGUGUUUUUAUAGUAUUUGAUAUGAGGGACCAUUUUAGAGUAAGGGGGGUAAUGAGAGAAGUAUUAUUACUUAAGUAUAUAUUUACUAACGGCGAUCUCCUGCCGUUAUGUUUUAGGAUUAAAAGGUGGUAGGGGGGCUUCCAGAGACCAACAUCGGAAUUUACACUAAGAAUAGGGAAAAUUGGUGUGUGAAUAAUGAACAGCAGAGAGCAAAGCUAACACUUAAUCCAUCUGUCAUUAUCUGUAUUUUAUUUAUCAUAUUUCUAAAUGUAAGUUGAUUGGUUUCUGUUAUUAUUAUGUAGGGAAUUCAAUGUUGCCAAGUUAGUUUCAAAAUGGUUUUAAUUGACUCAUCACAAUGACACCUAUUGAAUUACAUUUCAACCUAAAUUAUCAAAUCUAUACAAGGAAUUUUACAUUUACAUUUCCAGAUGUGUGCAUGUGGGUUUGUGUAGUGAAGUCAUCUGAUUGGUCCCAGUAUAAUUUCCCCAAUCUGUUAUCAAUGUGUAGGUGAUAUACUGAUUUUCUUGCAAGCAGUUGUUUCCACAUGAAUCCAUAAGUAGUUUUGACAAAAUACAUUUACUCUGAUAACUUCCAACCUAAUGAAAUCCAUACCGAGACCUUUACAAAACUUUCAAAAUCUAUCAAUCUGUGGCCUCAUCAGCUUUUCUCUUUUUUCAAGUUUAAAAGCAACCUUAAACAAAUUACUGAACUAAAGCUGCAUUCAUAAUAUAUUUCCAAUGAAAUGUAUUCAUUUGUUGAGAUACGUUUUUACAAUGACAUUGUAUAUUUUUCUUUUAAUCUAUGAAUAUUUUUGAAAAAAGCACAAAAUCUUUGUUUCAGCCGUGUGAAAUACGGAAACAUUCUCAUUUCAUAGAUGGUGAAUACUUUCCAUCGGGUAAGUGACUGCAAAUAUCACAAAGUAAACCAUUGAAGGCAUAAAUCAGCGGAUUUUCUAUACAAGCAUUCACUGUACCUACAUUAACAUAAACACUGUAAAACACUUCAACACCAAAUGUGCAAAAAGGAACAUUAUGUAAGUACUUUUACCACUCGUAUUGUAUGUUGAUGGUAAACUCCAGAAGUUCAGCCCUUCACAUGAACAACAAGAUGAAGGGUUGUCAUCAUCCAUCACCCUCGCCCGGCUUAUCGGCUGUUUCCAGUUUUAGCAAUUAUUAACCAGGCUGCUGCUUCACUGGGAAAUGUUCCUGAUCAGUGUCGAGUUGAAAUAUGAAUAUGUGGAUUCUUCUCAAGAUCAGGACUUCUCUUAAUUUGGAUGUCAAUCUUGAAAAACCUGGCUAAAUAAAGGUUCUACUACUA